GGAUCAAUAAGGACAGGCUGGAAGGAUCCAAACCCCAACCCCACUCCAUUAUUGUUACGAGUCCCCUCCCCUCUCCAUCCCUCUAAUAAAGUGGUAUUUUCACACAUAACCCCAUCAACUACAGAAAAAAAAGGAAAGUUAGCUUACAGAAAAGCAGAAAAAGGAGGCUCUGUUUCUUUUCUUUUUCUUGCAGCUUAUGCUAAGCAUCUUUUCCUCACUUCUCCUCUCUUGUCAUUCUUCUUUUUCUUCUUACAAAAUUUUUGGGGUUUCUUGCUUUGGGGUUGAACCUUGCCUGUCGUUCUUCUUCUCUUCCUUCUCCUGAAAUUUGCUUCACGUUGGGCUUAUUUUAAUGUCGGUUUCUGCCUGGCAUUGUUUGUUUGCUCAGGAAAGUUGAAUUGCUUUUUUUUUUUUUUUCCUAUUUGUUUCGGGGUUGUAUUUUUCUUUCUUGGGAUUCUGUUUUUUUCUUUUGGAAGUCUCUUUACAUUUGAAUUUUUUAGUGAUAUUUCGUUCUGGGUUUUGUUCAAUCAACUGAAAAUUUCUGUCUCUGGGGUUUGAUUUUGAUUUCAGAGAUUGGAAAUUAACUUUCCUCUUGUACUGGGUUUUCUGUAGAUUCUGGGUAUUUUCUUUCUUGAAGUUCAUUUAUUGUUCAAGUUUCUCUGUCGAGCUUUGAUCUUCUCGAUUUCGUUUUCCACUUUUCUUUAUAAUUAUCCUAGAGAACUUCUGAGUUUUCUUGUCUACUUCCUCUGUCAUUCCUCUAAUUCUCUUUUCUUGGUUUUGAUUCCAUGGGACUCUGUCAGGGAAAACCCAUUGAAAACCCUCAGACACAGUCCCAAGACCUUAUAAUUCCCGGUGAUGGCGAGCUUUCUACCAACACCCAAACCACCAAAACCCCAAAAUUCCCCUUUUACAGCCCAAGUCCACUGCCUAGUGGUUUCAAGAACUCGCCAGCCAAUUCAAGCGUGAGUUCCACCCCCUUGCGGAUCUUUAAGCGGCCGUUUCCGCCACCUUCUCCGGCAAAGCAUAUUCGGGCAUUGCUUGCUCGAAGGCACGGUUCGGUUAAGCCGAAUGAGGCCACAAUUCCCGAAGGAAACGAGUGUGAAGUUGGUUUGGACAAGAACUUUGGGUUCUCGAAGCAGUUUGUAGCUCACUACGAGAUGGGUGAGGAGGUGGGGCGUGGCCAUUUUGGGUACACUUCUUCCGCCAAAGCCAAGAAAGGGAGCUUGAAGGGGCAGGAUGUUGCUGUCAAGGUUAUCGCCAAAUCAAAGAUGACUACAGCAAUUGCUAUUGAAGAUGUGAGAAGAGAAGUAAAAAUAUUACGAGCUCUAACUGGACAUAAGAACCUAGUGCAAUUCUACGAGGCCUACGAAGAUGAUGAUAAUGUUUAUAUAGUAAUGGAGUUAUGCAGAGGAGGUGAACUUUUAGAUAGAAUUCUUGCCAGGGGUGGAAAAUACUCUGAAGAAGAUGCCAAGGCUGUAAUGGUCCAGAUUUUGAAUGUAGUUGCCUUCUGUCAUCUCCAAGGUGUGGUUCACCGUGACCUUAAGCCAGAGAAUUUUCUUUUCAUUUCCAACGAAGAGAAUUCUCCACUGAAGGCUAUUGAUUUCGGACUUUCUGACUACGUAAAGCCAGAUGAGAGGCUGAAUGAUAUUGUAGGAAGUGCAUAUUAUGUAGCUCCUGAAGUUCUUCAUAGAUCAUAUGGGACCGAAGCUGACAUGUGGAGUGUUGGUGUAAUUGCUUAUAUUCUUCUAUGUGGAAGUCGGCCCUUUUGGGCCCGGACAGAAUCAGGCAUCUUCAAAGCUGUCCUUAAGGCAGAUCCAAGCUUUGAUGAAGCCCCUUGGCCUUCUUUAUCUUCUGAUGCAAUAGAUUUUGUAAAGAGAUUGUUGAAUAAAGAUUACCGCAAGAGGCUAACUGCUGCUCAGGCUCUAAGUCAUCCAUGGCUGGCCAAUUAUCAUGAUGUCAAGAUACCAUUGGAUAUGAUAGUAUAUAAACUUGUAAAAGCUUAUAUAUUCUCAUCUUCUCUGCGAAAAUCGGCUUUGGCGGCUCUUGCUAAGACAUUGAGUAUAGCUCAGCUAGCUUAUUUUCGGGAACAAUUUACACUUUUGGGGCCAAACAAAAGUGGAUUCAUAUCUCUGCAGAACUUUAAGACGGCUGUGACAAAGAACUCCACUGAUGCCAUAAAGGAUUCACGGGUCCUGGAAUAUGUCAGCAUGGUGGGUUCUCUUCAAUAUAGAAAGUUGGACUUUGAAGAAUUUUGCGCAGCAGCCAUAAGUGUGCUUCAGCUGGAAGGAAUGGAGAGCUGGGAGCAACAUGCACGGCGUGGGUAUGAGCUAUUUGAGAAGGAUGGAAAUAGGCCCAUUAUGAUAGAGGAACUUGCUUCAGAACUUGGACUUAGCCCAUCGGUACCUGUUCAUGUAGUUCUCCAAGACUGGAUAAGACACUCUGAUGGGAAGCUUAGCUUCUUAGGGUUUGUUAGACUCUUACAUGGUCCGUCUCGUGCAUUCCCCAAAGCGUAAAAACAAAUACCGAGCUACACUGGCUACAUCCUCAUCCUUUUUCUCUCCUUGAACUGGAAUGUCUUUAAGGGGAUAAAAUGCAUGCCUAAACCGAGAGCUACUCUUAACAAGCAAGUGUUGUGUCUUAGCUGCAUAAGGGGUUGCUGCAAGUUGAAAUUAGAGUAAAUGCAAAUGACCUUACCACCGAAGCCAGGCAUUGCUGGCAUAUCUCAUGUUGGGUAUGCUCUUUUUUUCUUCCUUAGUUGUCUUUUACUUGUUUUCUUGCCUUGUAUAAUUUUUUUCCCCAUGUUUGGUGCUAUUGCAAUCUAGAGGAUUGUACAGAUGAGAGUAGAUCACAAUGUAUUUAGGGGUUAGUGAAAAACUCAGAAGAACUGAAGUGAGUUUUGUGGUUUUUGGGUUUAUCCCUGGUGUACCCAAUGCACUUUGGUUUCUCAAUAAAUUCUUACUGUGAUCUACAGAAGUUGAAUGACUGAUAACUUCUUUUGUUA